CCGUUUACUUUUCACAACCGGGUUGCUGUAGGUUAUCCGCUUGGAGCAGUCUCCUGAACUCAAAAUGCAGUGACUAAUUUUUAAAUAUUUCCAGUCUGGUUUGAAAGAAGGCCAAUUAAAGACGCAGAGGAGGAAAAUGAAGAGCACGUUCACGUUGUAAGCCUUGAUUUCAAAAUGCGUGACUAAACGUAUACACGGAAAUAACAUUGUAAGGAGGCGACAUGUCGGCCCCCCAGCUACAGGAUCACAGCGAUGUGUCCUCCGAGUUCCCCCCGGAGUGGGCGGACGACGAACGCAUGGCCUUCUUGUUUUCAGCGUUCAAGCAAAACCGGGAGGUGAAUUGCACGGACUGGGACAGUAAGAUGGACUUCUGGGCGCCGCUGAUCAUUAGCACCUGCCGGCGACGAGGCGCGGUGUGUGUCACCUUGCAGGAGCUCCAUCAGGUCUUCCGGAGGAAGGGUAGUGUGCCCCUGGGCCUGGGCAUGGUCAUCCAGAACAUGGUCAGGCGUGGCAGGCUGCAGAAGGAGUCGGAGUUUGCCGCAAAUGUGGACUCUGGUUGGCUGUCCUGGGGGGUGGGGCUGCUUCUGGUCCGGCCCCUCAAAUGGACGCUCUCCACACUGCUGGGCACAAACCGUGUGCCCCUGGAGGAAUCCUACGUUGUGAUUGAGCUUGUUAAGGAAAAAGCUGCAGAGCUACUGCGGGUGUACCGGAACUCCCCAUUGGCCGAUCACGCUCUGCUGUCCUUCCAGGAUAUGCGGACGCUGGCGGCGCAUGUCUGCCCUGAUGAAACCACCCUGUGCUUGGCACUCCUGCAGCUCCAGAGGGAGAAGCAGGUGACAGUGUCACUGCAUGAAGGAGACAAGAUUGUGAAGUUCUCUCAGCCUGGGCAGGGGCGGGUGUCUCCGGUCAGCGAUGUGGACCUUGGCAUUUACCAGCUGCAGCGGAGCGAGAGGCUGCUGGGGGAGAGAGUGGAAGCUCUGGGGCAGGAGGCGGAGAGGUGCAGAGAGGAAGCUAGGACACUGCUGCGUGAGGGGAAGAAGACACAGGCCCUGCGGUGUCUGAGGGGGCGAAAGCGAGUGGAGAAUCGAGCAGACCGGCUGCAUGCCCAGCUGGAUACGGUGAAGGCCAUCCUGGACAGGAUCGCACACUCCAGCACUGACCGCUUGGUGAUGCAGGCGUACCAGGCUGGGGUGGCAGCUCUCAGACUGUCCCUGAAGGAUGUGACAGUGGAGAGGGCAGAGAGUCUGGUGGACCAGAUUCAGGAGCUCUGUGACACUCAGGAUGAAGUUAACCAGGCUUUGUCAGGAGCAGCACUUGAUGGCACAACAGAUGAGGAAACAGAAGAGCUUGAGAAGGAACUGAAGUCUCUGUUAGAGGACAGUGCUCCAUGCGUUCCUCCUACUCUUCCUGAGGUUCCGAAUAAACCCCUUAGCUCAGGUGGGGCUCCAGGUUUUGCUGAAGACAGCUUCCUGGCCUCCCUGCCGGAUGUGCCAGAUUCCCGGCUGAGCAUUACUGACGAGGAGCUGGACAGAGAGCUGAGUAGGCUUACCCUCACAGACACAGCUGUGGCUAAGGAACACCAUAUCUCUCCUUUGAAAAGGCUGGAGCCAGCCCAGUGAAGAACUGAAGCACAAUAUUCAUCCCAGCACUGUUGGCGCUGCACAGAGUCUCUGAAUGGUGUCAGGGGGAUGUCAAAGGGUCCUCAGAAAAGCAAUCAAUACAAACUCUGUCUUUUGUAACAGUUUCUGUUUGUAAUGAUUCAUGUCCUUUUUUUUUCAAUUUUUAAAAGUCCUUAAUUGUGAUGUUUUGACUGUAAUGAACUUAUAUAUACUGUAUAAAUAUCAUUAUUAUGUGACAGAACAGAUUUGUCUGCUUCAGACUCAGAGUGCAGAUUGCUGUGUAACCCUGUUGGUUUGUUUUCUGUGUUUAUUUGCUGUAAUUGUGAGUUCUACAACACAGAUGGGCGCAUAGUCUACUGUACAUGAAAAAAAACAUGAUCAACUCCUGUCACUUAUUAGACAAGGCUUUCGUAGAGUUAAAAGAAAAACAAAUUAGACAGCAGACUUUAUACCUUAUCACCUGUAAAACACGUUUCAUACUUUCUGAAAUGCAAGAAAAACAAAUACAUUUUAUAUUUUAAUAAAUGUAUUAAAUGAGAAUUAAAUUA